AUGGACCAUUUGAGCUGGGGUUGUCCGUUGAACGCGUCCAAGCAGAGCACUAUGCCGGCCCACGUCGUGGCUGCAUUGCAAUCCUGCCCUGGGAUAUCCUCGCCCUCUCCGGAGGAUAAGGAAGGAUCCCAAGACUCAGACAAGAUGGACGAUACCUCCCCCGGGGUGGUACGGUACUCGGCGACAAUCGAACCCCGGACUGCUCCGGGGCUGGGCGGCAAUACGAAGAAUGGCAGGGCGAGUCAACCCUCGCAAAGGAACAGAGUCCCGGGCUCUGCGUGCAUGCUACAAGAGGGCGGGAUACAGGCUGAAGACAAGUUACAGACAGAAGCCAUGAUGCUACCUCCCUUCGACGAGAGGCACGGGCCAGGUGCGCAACCGCGCCCCGUACCUCUCCCGGAAGACAGCACCGAAGAGGCUGCGAUGAGGCGCCUGGAAGAAACGAGACAAUUGAAGAGAUCUCCGGGACCACGGGCGUAUACACAGGACACAGCCCCGGGGGUGACUCGCAACCCUCAAAACAAGAAAGUUCGUGUCGACAAACUGAACCGAACACCCGCGACGCUAGUGCGUUGCCUGACAGAGAUUCUCUGGCACCUGUCCCGGACCCAGCCUCGGGUCCGGGGCACAUUGGCCACCUUCCCCGAAGAGACAAGUGACGCUCGGGAGCCAGGAGCACCUUCUCGAGACUCAAUGAACCCGGUGCUAGGUAGCCCGGGCCCAGUUAUGGCGUGUUCGGGGGCCGGGACUAUUAGUGCUGUAACCGUUGGGAGCACCCGGACUGGGUAUUCGAAACUGGAAGACCUCCGUCCGGACUCGGAUAUCACCCCGGCGAUCUCCCGGGGCGAUAUGACCGGACUUCCCGACUCUCGACAUGUGGAUAUCAAAGAACGGCUCUACCCGCUCUCGCCCGCGGAUCUGGAACUACAAUUGAAGGCGCUCGCUCACAAUGAAAGGACGAACGAGUGGCCAUGGUGGCUGACACUCAGUCGUCUCGGAUGUUCCGGAACGGUAUUGGAGCGGCAGAGCUUGCUGGUAUUGGCCCUUCUCCAGACCUCCAGGGGACCGCCUCAGGAGUCCUGGCGGCUAUCGGACUCCUCGCCCCCUCUGCAGACGUCAGGCUCGCCCAAAGAAAAGGGUCUCGAUGGAGGAAGCUACCCGACUGCACUCACGCAUCUGGAGGGACUCGACUCUGGGAGUGUCGUGAUCGACCCGGGCAUUCCCCCACACUUGCACGAAACCGAGGCUCCGGACAGGCGACACGACCCGAGGGUCCGGGAGGACUCUACAUGUCUUGAAGUAGCGGAUUUGGAGGUUCGGGAGACUGUUCGGUCCAUGGAUUGGCCGUUCCAGGGCCUUGACGAGUCCGGGUUCACGGCCCUCCUUCACUCCCGGACCCGCGAUCCGUAUCCGUUGUGUGGCGUCAUGACCGGAUCCCUGGCACCACUUGUUCUGGCCACCAUCGAUGGGCAUAGCACACAAGCUUUGGUAGACACGGGUGCAUCGGUUACGGUCAUUAGCCAGGAAUUUUGGAUGCUCCUGGGCCGCCCUUCUCUCCGUACCCCGUCGUACGGUCUAGUUUCAGCUGCGAACGCCGGCAUUUCGACUCUGGGGUUUCGACACUGCAGCAUUACCUUGGCCGGUAUAUCUACAACGUUCCCGGUCUGGGUUCUGGAAGACUCAGUCACCCCGUGCAUCUUGGGAGUCAAUCUCCUCCGGAAGUUGCAUGCUCGUUGA